CGCAUGCGUCGAAUGGGAGGAAAGCGGGAGCGGUUGUUUUGAUUUGGAUUUAAGUAUGACAAACUAAUAUCCACAAAUGAGAUAAAACUUACAGUCAAAAUGCGAAAGUCAGUAUCGAGUAACUAUGGCAGAAGGGCAUCCUCUAUGGAGCGUUCUUCCCUGUCCGGAUCUCACGGAUCUCACAGUCGACGUGCAUCAUCCCAAGACCGGUCAUCCAUGUCUGGUGGUCCCUUGCGCGUCAACACAGAUGCUAACAGAAAGAGUGGAAUACCACAGCAGAAAUGGGCCGUUAGUGGGUCAAGUCAAUAUUCACAGGGUUCAGCCAACGGUGGCCCCCGUAAUUCUGUGUCAAGAUACAGUUUUUAUGGGUCUAACCAACAGCAAAAGAACAGGAUGUCUCGGGGCAGUGGCAUGGGGAUGAGAGGUCAUACAGGCAUAACGAAAGACCCACGACCAAUCUCUAACAAAUCUUACCAACAAACGUGUAUUAAAGACCUGAUCAUGUUUUUAACAGAAAGGCAGUUUCCCCAGUCUAUAUCUCCCAAGGUUCUACAGUCACCUACUGGUGGGGACUUCAUGAAGAUAUUUGAGUUUAUAUAUGGUUUCCUGAACCCAAAGUGUUCUGUUAGCAGGGAUGAUGUUCCAAAGAUUUUCAAGCAGCUCGGCUAUCCAUUUACCAUUACAAAAAGUUCCAUGCAUUCAGUUGGCAGCCCCCAUACAUGGCCCACACUGCUGGCGGCCCUCAACUGGCUCAUAAAUCUCAUAAGGUGGGGACUGUCUGGAGAAAUUGUGAGCUCCUAUUUUCCAUCUGUAGAAGAUGAUUUUGAAAAUUCUGUCCCGGAGACAAAGAUCCUGUACUACUACUUUGAGCAAACAUACAGUGCCUACAUGGCUGGUCAGGACAGUUUUGAAGACUAUGAUGAACAACUUGAAAAGAAAAUGCAUGAGAGAUACUGUGGUACAGCGGGUGGCAAUGAUUCACUAGAGAUGGAGCACAAGAGACUACAAACAGAACUGGAGUUACUGGAGAAUGACAUGGAAAGCCUGAAAACCACAAAGGAGGCAAGAGACAUGCUCAAACUGGAUGAUGAGCGCUACAUGGAUCAUCUCUCCAAAAUCGAUAUACACAGACAAGGGCUGGAGAAGCAGUGUGCAGAAGCCGAGGAAGAGCUCAGUGAAGCGCUUGCCGAUUCAAAGUGUGCCGAAUCUAACAAACAGAGGAUGAAUGCAUUGUUUGAGGACCAGAAAUUGUCCCAAGCAGAUGUCGAGCGUAUCAAGUUAAAUGGUCGAGAGCUGCAUCGGCAACGGCAAGAGGCGGAGCGGCGGGAGGGAGAGACUGACAAGGAAAUCUGGCAGAAGGAAAUGGAGCUGUCAAAAGAACAUGAAAAGCUGGAAGAACAAUGUAAUGAGUACAACAAGGUAGCUCAGAAACUGAAACUGAUACCUUUGUCUGCGGAGAAUGCUUAUGGAGUAGACUACGAACUGAAGCCUUCCUACCUCGGCUACAUGGACUCAAGAUUUACCGAUACAAUCAAGCCUGCCCUGCUGCAGCUGAAGAAGCAGUGUAGUGCCUCUGUCCACACCAAGUCCACAGAGAUGAUGCAGGUCCAGGAGUCUCUAGAACAGGUGCUUGAAUAUGUCAAUGAGAUGAAGGAGGACAUCAACAUGCUGGAGAGUCGCAGUAAACGCAUGGGAGACGAGCUGGAUUGUAAAAAGCAGGUUUUCCAACGUGAGUUCCAGCAGGCACAGGAGGAGACAGAAAGCUUACAGCGGGAGCUGAUGGAGCUACAAACCUUCUCACAGCUCAGUCUACAAGAUGCCAACAGGGAUCUCAAAAAUGCAUACAAAGUAUAUGAACAGACAAAAUUGGAGAUUGCAGAGACAGAAAAGGCGUACCGCAGGUUUAUGAAUGAUAUUACUAACAUUGUAACCACACACUUGGAAAACGUACAGGGUCGAUUUGCUGACUUGUGUCAGGAGUCUGAGCAGGUGUUACUACAGGUGCGAAGAGAAGCCCAGGACAGCCAGGCACUGCUCAAAGAAUUAGAACCACCGUUAUAAACAGAUAUCAUGUGGACAUUUUAAAUUGUGCUAUUCUUUGUAAUGCCUUCCUGUAAGUACACAUCUCCAAGAUCUGGAAAUGACAGCAUUUUGAACUGUACAUUUUUAUUUCAACUUUUCCCAGAGAAUUUACAUGUGCUAAAAUGUGAUUGUCUGUGAACUCAAAUUUUCUGGGAGAAUGAAACCUCAGUAUCUGGAAACGAAACCAGAACAGGAUUUAAAAAAAAAAAAAAAAAAAGGGAUUUCCAGAUAUCCUGUUGUUUACCUGUUCUUAUAAGUGGGACUACUACUUGAACGUUUAUCAAUAUUUUUUUCAUCAACAGAGUUGUUGCCAUGGCCUUGAUAACUGCAAAAUUAUUGCAUAUAAGGAAUCUCAUAAAAGUAAAAAGGAAAUUACUAAAAUCUAAAAAAAAAAAUGAAAUUAAGAAUAUAUGAUUUUAUUUCUUAAAUAUGUAAAACUAAAUGGUGGUUUGGUCUGUUAAAUUUGAUUGUGAAAAAUAUAUUUAAUUAACAGUUGUUAUUAAUACAUUUGUAUUAUUACUAUGAAUAUUUUGUUAGAUUCAUUUCUAGUCAUGCAAGAUAAACUUGUAUCUGGAAAAGUGUAUGUUACAUCAAACUGUAUCCACACAUUAUGGGGUCAAGUGUCUAUUCUGUAAUGAUGACCAAAUGAGUUGUCAGGGCCCAAGGAAACUCGGGCUUGGUAGACUCAUAGUGCAUACUUUCUGUCUGUCUGUCUGUCUGUCUGUAUUCAAUGCAUAUUCUUUCUCUGUUAAACUUAAUUUCAUUUCUUGAACCUCAUUUUCCUCGACAUAAUGUCAUUACUCUCUAUUUCUUCAGUAACAUGUCAAACUAUGAUAUCAAAGUUUUACUUUCUACACACACAAUGUACAUAUUAAAUGUGUCACAUUGUAUGUGUAGAAAGUAA